AUGUCGUCAGGGACUUCCUCAACUGGACCGCAGAAUAACCGCGAAUCUGCGGGACUGGGCAGUCCACCGUCCUUGCCCAGCGGCAAGAGCAGUACUUCCCCUCCAAAAUUGACCCAGCAUGAGGCGACCGUCGAACUUCAGAGUAUGAAGACAGAGCGGAGCAAUAUAAAGGGUGCGAUUCGACUUGGCGAGGACAUUAUGCAGAUUGCUCGCAUCGGAGAGAUCUCAGUCAUGCAGAAAUUAUUCGAUGAGAAAAAAUUCACAGCUGACCACAAGGAUGAGGAAGGAAUUACCCCAUUACAUUGGGCUGCUAUAAACAAUCAAUAUGCUAUGUGCAAAUUCCUUCUUGAUUCUGGUGCCGAUGUUAAUGCCAAGGGGGGAGAAUCGGUGGCUACUCCGGCUAUGUGGGCAGCGCAACGUUGCCACUAUUAUAUCGUACACCUCUUACUACAGCAUGGCGCAGAUCCUCUUCUUACCGAUGUCCAAGGCUACAAUAUUCUACAUCUUGCCACGAUUGAUGGAAAUGCAUUCCUGCUUGUGCUUCUUCUACACCAGGAAAUUCCGGUGGAUGUUCCCGACCAACAAGGCCACACAGGUCUAAUGUGGGCGGCGUAUAAAGGUUACCCAGCAUGUGUGGAUAUCUACUUGCGUUGGGGUGCCAACGCCAAUGCGGUUGAUGAUGGCGGUCUAACCCCUCUCCAUUGGGCUUUGGUCAAGGGAUCUCUUCCUUGCGUCCAUAAGCUCAUAGAGUAUGGUGCAGAUAGGUUCGCAAGAACCAGGGAUGGUAAAACGCCAGCAACCGUAGCGAGUGAGAUGAAUACGACCCGGAUAUGGUAUCGCGCUUUAGACGAAUGUGGUCAUGACUUCGACGGAAACGCCAAAAUCCUGCCUAUGGGCCUGACGCCUUGGGUGCGGAGUAAGAUCGCCAUGUCGAGGUUCUUCUUCCUGUGGCCUUUCUUUAUGAUAUUUGCAGCUGUCUGGAUUCUCAGCAAUGUGGUUGUGUUUUUCGCUAUCCCGCUCAUGCUGCUUACGGUCUAUGGUCUUCAAUGGAUGGCUCAAAAAGUUGCUAAUCAAGGCCCUUCAGAGUAUCGAAUCCUCCAAAAGACGCCUUACCUGUCUGGGGUCUUUGCAGGCUCCCUUUUCUGGGUUGGUUUUAGAUACGCCUUCUACCUGCUACCUGCGACGUUCUUCUCAUCACCGAUUCUUAACAUCUCCUUCACUGUUUUCUUUUCUCUGACGGCAUACUUCUAUUUCUGUGCGAUGACCGAAGAUCCAGGUUUUGUUCCGAAGAUGGGCAGCAGGAAUCAGCAACGAGCCGUAGUUAUCGAACUAUUCGAGCAGUGGAAAUUUGACGAGGAAAAUUUCUGCGUCUCGUGUAUGAUUCGAAAGCCUUUGCGAAGCAAGCAUUGCAAGCGUUGUGGGCGAUGCGUCGCAAAGCAUGAUCACCAUUGCCCAUGGAUCGACAACUGUGUUGGCGCGAACAAUCUGCGGCACUUCGUCUCGUAUAUCAUCUGCUUAGAACUCGGCAUCAUCUUGUUCUUGCGCCUGACAUUCAUUUAUAUCAACAUUCUUCCAGCUCCUGUGAAUCCACAGUGCAACGUCAUAAAUGAUGCAUUGUGUGGUUUUGUACUCCGUGACACAUUUACUCUAGUUCUCGAUAUCUGGGUGGUCAUUCAGCUGGUUUGGAUAACUAUGCUCUGUGCCGUUCAGCUUGUCCAAAUCUCCCGAAACCAGACGACUUACGAAAACAUGAGGGGCCAUUCGAUUGACCGGAGUUAUCCAAGCUCACGAGCAUUUGCCUCGGCCGUGACGGCAGGUACGACAUCGUUAGAUGCAGCUGGCCUCUCUUCGGCCGGUCAAGGUCCCAAUCCGGCUCUGGCGCAAAAUGUUUCACAUAGGCACCAACGGAAUGGCUGCCUGCAACAAUGGUCCUCUCUUUUGGGAGUUGAUACAUUCUUUGCAACGGCGCGGGAUGGGUUACGGGACGGCCCACGUACCGCCCGGCCAAAGAAUCCCUUUUCCCGUGGCAUUGUCACUAACUGUCAGGAUUUCUGGUGCGACCCUGCUCCCUACUUUGGACGACGAGAGCCAGGUUUUGCCAUGCUUGGCGGUGAAGUUGUCAAUUACAAUCGAAUGUAUGAGGUUCCAUUGCGAAUGCACAGCGGCGGGGGCUACCGUAGCCUGGCCGACAAUGACCUGGAGCAAAAUGCUUAA